GAAGCAUUUCAUUUCCUAGUUGUAGUUUGGGAAGCUACUAUGAUUUGUCGUUAAUGACGCAUGGCUUCUAAGACGGUUGAAAGAGAUUUUCCUCUGCAUUGGCUUGUGUGGCACAAUGAAGUUGAGAAACUCGAUGUAGAAAUUGCCAAAAAUAUACAUGACCUAGAACUGGUUGACCCUCGAGGUCGGACACCUCUGAUGCUCUCUGUGACCCUGGGUAACAUCGAGAGUACACGUGUUCUUCUACGCCAUGGAGCUAACGCUACUGCCGAAAACGGUGCAUACUGGACUGUUUUACAUGAAAGUGUGGGUACUGGUGACCCUGAAUUGGUACAGAUGAUACUACAAUGCCGUGACUGCCAGAGGUACAACAAACGAACAGUUGGGGUACCAGAAUUGUUACAAAAACUGAAGGAGUCUCCAGAUUUCUAUGUGGAAAUGAAAUGGGAGUUUGCUAGUUGGGUACCCUUGGUAUCCAGAAUGUGCCCAAGUGAUACAUAUAAAGUGUGGAAAAGUGGAUCCAAUGUAAGGAUCGACACGACUCUCCUUGGAUUCGACAACAUGACCUGGCAAAGAGGAAGCCGAUCCUACAUCUUUAAAGGAACAGCUGGCACCGCGACUGUGAUGGAGGUGGACCACGAUCAGAAAGAAGUCUACACCGAGGUGAUGCGACUGGCCGACGUAACCCAGCCCUUACAGACCACGAGGCCGUCCGAAGAGGCCGUGGCAGCCAGACUCACAUCCCCUAUAGUGACCACCUUCAUAGAUACGGACAAAAUCUCUUUUGAAAGGAAUAAGUCUGGAAUAUGGGGCUGGAGAAGUGACAAAACUGAGUUUGUCAAUGGUUAUGAAUGCAAAGUAUUUAGUGCAAGUAAUGUGGAACUGGUCACCAAGACGAGGACCGAACAUUUAUCGCAGCAAGACAAAGAGAAAUGCAAGAAAGUCAUCAAGACACCACUGGAGUCGUUUCUCGGAGUAGCUGAAGAACAUACUAAAACUAACAGUAUGUCAAAUGGGUCUAUUACAUCAGUGUCUUACAACCCUUGUGAUAUUUCUGCGGAGGACUAUUUUAAUAAAUACGUUGAUCUGGAAGGCCGAGACAUUGGUCGGCCUAAAGAGCAGACGACGAAGACACAGAAGUUCCGGGGCACGUUAUGGCUGUGCGAAGCAUUCCCCUUGUCCCUCCAGGAGCAGGUUAUCCCCAUCAUAGACCUCAUGGCAGCUAGCAAUGCACACUUCAAGAAGCUGCGAGAUUUCAUCACCCUGCAGAUCCCGGCAGGUUUUCCAGUUAAAAUAGAAAUUCCAAUAUUCCACGUCCUCAAUGCAAGAAUAACGUUUGGCAACAUAUUUGCGAUGAACCAGCCCGUGGAGAUGGUCACGUGUGUUGGGGAGGAGGGGAAGAUGUCAUGUGUCGUCAAUGAGGCUUGCUUCGAGGUACCACCCACUUACGGACGGUUAGGUGAUGCGCACCAUGAACGCCUGCAUGAUGAGGACGACGAACUCUUGCAGUUUGCAAUACAGCAAAGUCUAGUAGACGCAGGCUCGGAGAAUGACCAGGUGACGUUUUGGGAAGCCUUGAAUAGGACCCAGCCGUCUGCGACCGGUUUCGGAGAGGAUGAAGACCGACAGCUUCAAAGAGCAAUAGCAGAGAGCCUGGGCAAGAUGGAACCAGCCGAAAUAAUUCCGACAGAUAUACUACAACCGAGUCGCUCUUUGUCCGAAGAGGACCAAAUGCGUCUGGUGCUAGAGAUGUCCCAGCAAGAGCAGGACGAUGCCGAGAGACAGCGGAAACAGGAAGAAGAAGAGUUAGAAAUGAUACUCAAGUUGUCAUUAAUGGAAAAAUGAUAGGACAAACAAUUUUAAAAAGCAUUUUACACAUUUGCAUUUUUUUAGUUUUUUUUGUUUGUAAUAUCAAUAUUUGUUGAAAGAUCUAUAUGAGGAGUAAGAACUGAAAAUGAUCUGAAUGUUAUCCCGAACGACAAAUGGUAGAAUGGGGAUGAUAGAUAUUUCACAGAUUCAAAAGAUUUAUAGUAUUAAAUUAUACCACAAUGAGAAGGAAUGGAGCUAAAUAUCAUGUUAGAAGUAUCAAACUGACAAAUUGGCAGAGGCAAAAUAAAAUAUUUCUAUGGGUGUUGUAUUCAAGAGUAGAUAACUCUGACAACCCAAGGCUAACGUCAUGUUUGGGGGUAUUGACUUGUGAUUACAAAAACUCAAAUUAUUUUAACAGUCUUCUUAAAUGGUACUCCAUGUUCAUAGUUACGUAAAAGCAUUUCACUCAUUCAAAAGAAUUGUUUUAUAGUAUCAAUAUAAUGUGGGGUUUCUUUUAAAUGAAUGGCAAGUUGAAAAUUAAUAUUAAAAUUGUCACUUACAAAUGACAGGACAAACGAAGAAAACCACAUUUCGCAUUUGAAAUAUUAGUACUUUAAAUAAAUCGUAUAGUAUGUGCACACAUAAUGUUCAAUGUGCACUACUGUAUGACAUUCAACAGUUGAUAUAUUAAAAACAAGCUUACGCUUCAAAAAAAAACCACACUCCGAAACCUAACAUUUUUAAUGUAGGCCUUGGUGUAUGCUUUUAGUUGGGGGUUUGUGUUUAUUUGUGAAAAUGGUGACAGUUGUGAACGGCUUGUUAUAUUUUUUUUAAGGAUACUAGUGAAUUAUUACAUCCCACACAUAUUGUGAUAUGAUGUACCGUGUACAUGUUAGUUUAUUUAUGUAAAAUUGCCCCCUAUUUAUUUGAAUUUAGGAGUUGUAGUUUUACAUACUUUUGUUUGAGUCUGUUGUAUUUAUUUGUAGUGAAUACAGUACCAUGUUGUUGGCAUCAUUCCGCAGAGGAAUAAUUACUUGUUUUUAUUAUUAUUAUUUUGUCUGUUUUUAUUUAUUGCCACAUGUAAAUUCAAGGUGUUUUAUUUGCUCAUUGACAGUGUUUGCAGUAUAAAACAAAUAUUGUUAUAAUGUAAUGAGUGUGAACAUGAGAUACUAGAUAUCAAUGUGUUAGAUAUGAAUGUUAUUAAGCUGCUUACAGUAUGGAGAAUCUGUAGUUUAUGACACUUUACAUAGCUUCUUUAGAAUACCGUGUUUUCAGCUAAAUAUUAAAUGACAAAAGCACCCUCUUCAACCCCCCCCCCCCAAAAAAAAAAAAAAAAAAUAUAAAAGGGGGUAAAAAAGCAACCGAACAAUCCCACUGACUUUUAAACAUUGUGCACAACAUGAAUGAUACUGAGUGUAUAUGUGAAAUUGCUAGGUUUUUUUCCAAACUUUAAUUUUUUUUGUAUCAGGUUUUCUUUUAAAACCCACAACAUUCUGAAUGAAACAUGUGACUUAUACACACAUUUGUUGUGUGCAGAAGUAGAUUUAAUGACAGAAAUUGCCUAACCAUGAGAAGGCGUUGGUUUGUUGCUAUCAUUUUUACAAAUGAGCAUUGUUUGCUGAGACAAUGAGAUGCUGGAUAGUCCCUGUUUUCUUAUAUCUAUAAUAAACGGGUAGGUCUUGUAACAAGAAAAAGAAAAUAAUGGAUGACGUGUAACGUAGAUAACAAUAUAUACACAUAUAUGUGUGUGUAAUAUAUAGUCACUGUUGUAUACUUGGUACCUGUAUGCUCACACAAAUUUGAUGAAUGCACACGUGUAUAACUGGUAUAUGGUGCCAUAUCUCAUAUUGCCGAUAUUAUUCAUAUCAACAUUAAGCAUCUUAAUUUUGUAUGAAGAAAUUGUGUAUCAGCGCAGCGUUCUCUUGACAAGUAUAAUAUACCACAUCUGUGUCACAUAUCUGCAUCAUCUUCCCUUAGCUUGAUGUAUAGUGUUAAAAAGAUACUGUAACUGAUGUUUGCAAAACCUUUAUCGACCUCGAGCCAAUUUCACAAAAGGUUGUAAGUUUAUGUACGGUAUAUGGUUAGCCUUUUUAACACCUGUGGUACCUUGAUAUAUUUAAAAAUCUAUUUCACGUAAAAUAUUGCGCCACUAGAAAAGGCGGAUCACGAAAGAAAAUUAUAUGUACAGUGUAUUUAGAAAUUUAUUAUGAUUUACAUUUACAUGCAAAACCUGGCUUACUGCAUGUUCAAAAAUUGGUCCCUGGUCAUAAAUUGAAACUACAUGUAGCUAAAAUGAUUGGACUUCGAUUAAAGACAUUAUAUUAAAGAUGUAUAAUUUGUUACUAAAUGUAAAACGUUGCAGAAAUGAAAAUGUUAAUAGGUACAUAAAAAAGUUAAAACAGAUGUAUCAGGGUAAUUAUUUAACAAUUAACAAAACACUAAUACGAAACUGGUAUUUUUUUCUGGGUGGGGAGGUGGGAUACCCUCCCCAUAUUUUAGUUCAUUCCGUAUAUAAAAGCAAAUAAUUUAGCAGAUCUAACUUUUAAAACAUCCUCCACUAUAACUAUGCUCUAAAUAUAUUAUGUACCAAAUACUCAUAAAUAGAAAUAAUUAUAUUGAUUUUACAAAAUGAGUGCCAGAGCAAGGGUAAUACAUGAAUCCUGACAUUAGUUUUUUAAAAUCAGUUGAUUCACACGCGAGUGUAAUAAUUUCUUUAUUAUUCAUAAUAUUAUUUUUAUGAAUAAAAAGCUAGGACCAUGUCAGAACGUUUCCAACUAACAGAGGAGACUAUGAAACGAUGUCAUUUUGGUGAGCGUUUACACAGAGCUAAGACAAGGGAAACCGCAUUAUGUUAUGACGUUGUGUCCCGAAAUGACGUCAUUCGUUGUGCACGUGAAAUCAUUAUGACACGUGUGUCAUACUGGUUCUAUUUCACUGAAUAUCUUGAACUAUGUGAAUAAUAAUUUAUCAUAUUAUCUGUAUAUGUCAAAUGAUUAACAAUUCCUUUUAGAUACUUGGUGUUAAAUAGGUCAGUUUUAUAUCAAUACCGUAUAACUGGACAUAUUUGUGGUCUAGAAUGUUCGUGGUUUCAGGGCUAAAAACAUUUCAAGGUUUCUCACUUUCAAUAUUUGGCAACUCUAAAAUGACUGUUUUUAUUGUUUAGGUUUAGCAUAUUAAAUAUUCUGUUCUAUAUGUAAUCAACAUUAAAAGUUUCACGUCAGCUUCCAUUUGCAUGAUAUCGUCAGUGCUUAAAGUUAAACAGUAGAGCACUUAUUUGCAAUUAAAUAAGGUAUGCUAUUAGCGUGACAACUGAUAAGUAUUUGAUUUUAUGUAAAGUUGAGUAAAAUUUGUGUGAGAAGUUUUCCAAGUGUUUAAUCUGAGCUUGACACGUUCCACUCAUACUCAUAUAGUAAGCUGGCUUGGUAUAGCAGCAUAGCACACAUAUGCAUUUUACUGUAUAAUAUCUUGGUGACUUGAAUACACUAACCCAUUUGGCUAUUUCUGGUUCCAGCCAGUGCUCCACAACUGGUGUAACAAAGGCCAUGGUAUGUACUAUCCUGUCUGUGGGAUGGUGCGUAUAAAAGAUCCCUUGCUGCUAAUUGAAAAGAGUAGCCUAUGAAGUGGUGACAGCGGGUUUCCUCUCUCAAUAAUACACUAUUCCCUUGCUAGCUUUGCUAGUAUGGAAGCAAACAAAAUAUUGUAGUAAAUAGUCAAUUUAUUAUGAUGAUCACAAUUAAUAUUUUGUUGAUAUUUUCAGAUAUUUUCAAGGUUUUUUAUUUUUGAGGGUGCCCACUUGAAACCCAUUAAAAAAAAAAAACAACCACACAACAAAAACCAUGAAAGUGUCUGGUUAUAGGAUAUUUUGCAUUUAAUUAGACAACUUUUCCGGUAUAUCACUUAAUGCUGUAGGGUUCUUUUUUUCUGGGGUCCGACGGAUAUAUAACCAUAAAUAAAAAUGUGUUGAGUGUGUCGUUAAAUAAAACAUUUCCUUCCUUGAGAAAAAAAGAAAGAUUUGCCCUGGUCCUAUGAGUAUAUUGCCAUCAGAACUUUUUAAUUGAGCUAUCAAAUGCAUAUAGGACGAAGAAGAAGAGUGUUUAACUUUUUUCUCUUCUUUUUUCUUUUAAAAAAAAAAUUAGUAUGCUGCCGCACAAAGAAACAAAGUCAUGUAGAUAAUGUAUAUACAUCAUAUAUCAUUACACGCACCACAAUUUAAUUUUAUACCUAUGUCGAUGUAUAAAUGUUACGUGGCAUUCCCAAAUUUACUACUGGGAACUGGAAAUAUUUCACUCUUGUAUAGCUGGUCUUGCAAUUGCUUCAAACAAUUAUUAUGUAUGUAUCUGUUCACUGGUUCAUGUUUCUUAUGAAGUUUUACAAAAAUAAUUUGAGGUGGUAGUAUUUAUAUCAUAGCAAGUCGUUUUGUUUUUCUUGUCUUUUUUUCUUUUCUUUUUUUUUGCAAGCAUUAAUAAUAUCAUGCUUCUACUCAUUUGAAAUCCACAGUGAAGUCUGUAUUAUAUUUAAAAUUUGUGUUGCUUUGUUCAGUUUGUCCAUCCAUCCUUCUAAUUUAUUUAUAAUUUCCAUAUCAAUCUAAAAAAGAAUGCUGUUAUUAAAUGUCAAAAAUUGUGAUGGCAAAGAGAAGUGUUUACAAUGAACUAAAUAAAAUCAAUACUACCUGAGUGUCUGAAAAAUGUUUUAGAGCUUGUAAGACUGGAAAAAACAACUAAAUCCUCCGUUUUAAUUAAUUAACUAAUAAAACCUUUUUAGUUAGAUACUAGUAUUAAGGAAAACCCCACCCUGUGGGCAACUCCAGUUUGCAUUAAUUAGUUUUAGGGAAACCACGCCAAGAUCCUUUAAGUCUAGCCUCACAUUAUGGUUCACAGUGAACACCGAAAGCCUAAAAGUAUCCAAUCAUAUUUAGCUUUGAGUGAUGAGCACAAAGGAAAGGACUGUUUGUUUCUAAGGAUACGAAGUUGUCUUAGUAAUUACUGUGAGGAACUUUACACCAGAUUUUAUGCUUGUUGCCAAGUAAUGGUCUAUUUGUUUUCCUAAUGAUAUAUACAUUGUACGUGUAUGUUAGCUACAAAUAACUUGGAAGUACUAAAUGCUGUUUAACUUAAAGAGGUCAGUUGUUUAGCAAAACAAUUUGCCAAAUUAUCUUUAAAUAUGCAAAAUUCCACUGUUAUUUUUCAACAGAAUACCGAUUAUUACAUGAAAUGUUUUCGCCAAAUCAAAAUAAAAUUUCGCCAAUUGUUCUUGAAAUUUGCAAAUUUGGCGAGUGGCAGAGCUAGCCCUGCAUUAGCUUAACCAGCUGUUGAUAUACAUUAAAAAAAACCCAGCAACAACCCACCCACCCGCCCACCCAAACAGCAAUUAACAAGAUGUGGGAACUACAUGUACAUUUACAAUAAUCUAAGGUAACCAUAUGUAAUCAGACUGAAAGUAUUUGUAAAAUAAAUAAUAUACGAUCACACGGUUAUGCUUAAUCAUGCAUUGAACAACUGGGUCCAGGCCUGUAACAUGAAAAAAAGACAUUUACCACCAAACAACGUACUUCUACAUUAGUUGCCAAAAUAUGUUUGUUUUGGGUGUAUUGAUACUGGUUGUAAAUGCUCCACUAAUUAAGUAUAUAUUUUGUCUCUGUUAUGGUGUACAUUUGGUGUUGGGAGUAUUGUAUAGGGGUUAUUUUAAAAAACCCAAAUGGGGGCUGAAUGUUCCAUGAACACAGUAUAGUUCAAUGUAUAAAUACAUGCAUAUGGAUAUCAAGAUCAUCAUUCAAACUGUUUUCACCAUACUGGUACCCAUCCUGUCAUUUCAAAGGAAUAAAAACUGAAUGUGUGGGUUUUUUUAAUUUAGGAUUUUAGUACCAAACGAAAAGCCUUCCUGCCUUGUUCUUUGAUGAAAAAGAUUCUUUAACCAAAAUCAUUUUCUUCUAAUAAUUUGGUAGUGGUUUGAUCACUAGAUAUUUACAGCAAGCAACUAUUGUUUUCCAUUGACCUAAUGUAUCAGGGCUUGAAAGUGUUUCUCUCUUUUUUUUUGUGUGUGAAAGAUCUUACAAUUACUGUUACAAGAUUUUGCUGUCUCUUCUGAAAAUCAGUUAUCACCACAAGAUUUGUGGAAUGAUCAAUAUUGAUAUAUGACGAUGGGGGUGGAUUUUUGGCGAUUCAAUAUUUGAAAUAUGAUGGGGUAGAUUUUCUGCCAUUCAAUAUGUGAAACAUGAAAGGAUAGAUUUUCAACCAUUUAAAAAUAUUAGAAACAUGGUGUGGAAAACGUGAUGUGAAAUUUCUCAAAGGUGAUGUGAUAGACCUUUCGCUUGUCAGUAUUUGAAAGGUGAUGGGAUGAACCUUUUGCGGGUCAGCACCGGUACUCUGUGAGGUGAACAUUUUGUGAUCAGUAUUGGAAAGGUGGUGGGGUGGAGUUUGUGCUUAUCUACAUUGGAGAAGUAUUGGGUGAGGCCUUUCUGCUAAUCAGUGAGAGGAAGAGGUGGGUCUGUUCAGUUAACACUAAUAUUACAUGGUGUGGACAUUCAACUUUCCCUAUCGUGUCACCAUUUCUCAGAAUAGCAUUGAGGCCAUUGUGAAAUUAAUGCAAUACAAAUUGUGACUGGAAUACAGUACAGUGAGUGGUUACCCAUAUAUUUAUUGGUGGUAUCUUUACCAUAAUUGCAGAGGCACAAAGUCCAUUAUAUGUACUAUCACAUAAUCUGUAGUCAGUAUAUUCUAGAUGUGAUGUGUUAUAUAGAUAUACAUACAGACAUCUUAAGUGUGUUUGUAAAAAAAGAAAAUAUGUAAAUCCCCACCCAUUUGAAAUGCUGAUUUUUAAAAAUUAUUAUUUAUUUCGUUAUUAUUAUCAUUAUUAUUAUUAUUAUUAUUUCUUCUAACAUUGUGCUAACAGGAACUUGAAGACAAUUUUGUAUAUUUUGAAUUCUGAUCAAUUUUUAUUUGCAUGCAUCAAUCAAAACGUCCUUGUGAAUGGAAAUUUGUGUCAUUUGCCAAAAAUAUAGAGCUUUUUUGAGUACUAAAGCAGUAAUAAAUAAUUCAUAUCAAUAAA